AUGUGCACUGUGGGAACAAACUGCCAUUCCGGAGGAAUCACCAAGAACGUACAUGCACAUCGCAUAGCAGGGCUGAAUCCAGCUGGAAACUUGCAAGCAUUGCAACUUGCGAGGGAAGGAGACCAGCCUCUGGCGACAACACAGUACGACUACAGUCUCAACCCUCUUGUAAUGCAGAACAUGUACACUGGCGGCCAAGACGACUUCGCGAACAUGAACAACGUGGUCGCGAACUUCGCACCACCCUUUGCGCCGUACGAGCCUCAACAUGCACAGGCGCAGCCUGAAACCGGCGCCGGCGUGCAAGGUGAUUUCGGAGGUGGCGCACAAGGUGAUUUUGGGGGUGAUUUCGGAGGCGGUGCACAAGGCGAUCUUGGGGGUGGCACACCAGGUGGAUUUUUCAGGGCCAAUGCACAAGGCAAGUAUGGGGCUGGCAUGCAAGGCCUUUUUGGGGGUGGUGCGCAGGGGCCUGGGCAGCCUGAAUUCGCAGCUGGUGCGCAAGGUGCGCCUUUCAGGGCCGAUGGGCAGGGCGAAUUGGACGCCAUCAUGCGUGGCAUUUUGGGCCCCGACGCGCAGGUGCAGAUCGGCUUCGCAGACGGUGCGCAUGGCGAGCCUUUCGGGGCCGGCGCACAAGCUCAUUUCGGGGCUGGCGCGCAAGCUCAUUUCAGGGCUGGUCCGCAAGGGGUCACCGCGCACCCUCACAAGUUUGUGGCGGGCGAGCAGGGCACUUUCGGGGGCGCGCAAGGCCAGGUGGGCACGGGUCCUGGUGUAGUAUCGUGGCACGACUACGGUACACAGUCUGACCAGGGCUCUCGGCACAGUAGCCAUAGCACUGGUGCAGAUUGGCGCAGAUUGACGCCGGCACCUGCUAUGUACCACCCAUACAUGCCGCCUCACGGUCUAAGAUUCGAAUCUCUCCCGUCGCAAGUACGACACGGGCUCAACACGGUCAUGUCAACUACUGUGCAUACGAGGGGGGACCCACAAACCUGCACGAAUGCCAUGAGUGAGCCCAUGCAUGCAAUGAAGCUGAGUCCUCUCCCGGAAUCCCUCAAGAGGAAACUCCGUGCUGCGUACAUCCCAACGCUGAAGACGAUGAUGGAAGUACUCAUCAUCGGUGGUAAGGCCGUGUUCCCCAACAAAGGUCUAAUGGAUGACCUUGUUGGCACUGCAAUGUGGAAGGUGGCCCAGGGUGACUGCCACACCAAAAAGAUACCUGAGGACCUACGAGACACCCACGUCAAGUAUGAUCCAAUGCAGGACACAGAGCUACGUUGCAAAGCUCACGACAUGGUGUUGACCUUCCGCAGUACCUUCAAGUCCACCGCAGAGCACCUGUUCCUGUUCGCUCAUCAUGCUAACCUACUCCCCACUGAGACGAGCAGCCUCAUUGAGGAGGAUCUUGGUGAGCUCAUGAUCGACUGUGCCGACGCCUGCUCAAGCAGGAGGGCUUGGACUGAUCAUGUUGUCGAAGCAAAUGUGGAGUCAACGCCACUGCUGCAUAUCAUCGACCCUGCCAAUUCCACUAUUGUUGUUGGAGCAUUCGAGAGUCAGGGACUCAUCCCUGCAAUUCUCAAUGCCACCCUGUUCCAGCGGAAAGAAUGCUUGGGCCACACGGACUCAUUGCUCUUCCGGGACGGGAUUCCAACACAGGUGAUGGUGCUCGCAGCCUGCACUGUCAUCUGCUGUGCAGAGGAAUUCUCGAAGACAGGUAUGCACACAUCAAAGAAAUUCAGCAGCAAUUCCUACAAGCGCAACACUCGAAAAAUUGCUGCCUACAUUCAUACCCUGAAGACUUCGGACACUGAAGCUGGUGCUUGCUUCAGGCGCCUGAACGCGAACAUUGUUCAUGUCGGAAAGAUGUGGGUAGAUGGCCCACAGACUCAGCCUGGGGUGCCCGACAAUGCUGAAACAUUGGGUGUGUCCGAAUCGUGA